CCAACUACAACAAACCAAUUUCAUACUAGAUUGUUUCUUUUAACCUUGAAAAUUUACUUUACAACAUCGGUAAACUGCAUCAUUGUAUGUCUGUUUUUUUCUCCAUAUAUAUAUAUCAAUAUUUUUCCUUUUAAUAUAAGGAUUUUCCUAUUUUGUGGUGGCCCUUACUGCAUCCAGUGCUAUCUGUGGCUGGACAGUGGCCAGCACAUGAGACUCUUUGCCCUGCCCUUAGGCCUCUUCAGCCUGUGGAUCUUCGUGUGAAGGAACGCCUCUUUGGUGGCAGGGAAGGGGAGAAUUAAGCAAGAGAUGUGGGUUCACUUGCCCUCUGUAGGGGCUUAUCUUGGGCUAAGCUGAGGGACUAAUAGCAAAGCCAGCCUCCACUCUAGCUGGUCUAAGGGCACAGAGAGCCAUCUGUCCACUCUGUUGAUAACUGAAAACAAAGGAAGUAAACACUGAACACGGACAACAAACUAAGAGGUUAUUCCAUUAGGAGCUGCCCGAUAUAAAGGAGAGGAGUGAAUGGUUUGCAAAUAAGGUUUAGAAUGGCAGCAAGGAGUUCAUCAUUCAUUGGUUAAUCAAUGAGCCUCUCUUCUGACACAGAAUGCCUCCACACAUUCUUCAUUUGUUCUGCAUAGACAACAAAGAUUGAAUUCACAGUGUCUUCCGAGCUGAAAUUGUGGGUCAGUACAUUGGAGACCUUCACACACAUAUCACUUGAUUGAGCUCUCCACAGUGGCAUCCUUUGUGUGUUAUCAUAUCCAAGGGAGUCACACAUCUUGUGUUAAGCCGGAACCAAAGACUCAGUCCCAUGUGAAGAUUGCACCUCGUGAUAGGCUUAUCUUCCUUCCACUCACAACCACAGGAUCAGGAGAAAAACCUCACUGGUCCAGUCUCAGUGCCCUGAUGAGGUUCUGAACAUCUUUACAGAUAUAAAUCAGUUUUAUUUCUGCUGGAGAUUUAUGCAAUGAUGAUGCAGUCAAGGAUUUUGUUAUAAAAGCCAUCGCUACUACAUUAUUACGAUAUUCCUUUUUCAGCACUUUUAAUCUGAAGGCGGCGGCACGGUGGUUGAUUGGUUAGCCCAUCUGCCUCACAGGACCGGGGUUCAAAUCCCGGCCCCGCCGGUGUGGGUUUUCUGCGGGUACUCCAGUUUCCUCCCACAUCCCCAAAAUAUACGUGGUAGGUUGAUUGAAGACUCUAAAUUUCCUGUAGGUGUGAAUGUGAGUGUGAAUGGUUGUUUGUUUCGAUGUGCCCUGCGAUUGGCUGGCGACCAGUUCAGGGCGUACCCGCCUCUCGCCUGAAGAUAGCUGGGUUAGGCUCCAGCUAACCCGCGACCCUAGUGAGGAUAAGCAGUACAGAAAAUGGAUAAUCUGAAGACAUUCUUCCAAGAAGUCACAGUGGCAAAUGAUAUGUUUCUGGUAUCCCCCAGGCAGCAGCAACUUUACAAUAAUAAAAGGGCAUUCAGCAGUGAAAGUGAUGACAACAACAUCUCCAUUAACGAUCCAUCUACGUUAUAGAUGUCCUUGAAGCACCUGGAAUCGUGGUAGAUCUCUUGUCUAAACUGUUUUUAUUCAUUUGCAGAGUAUUUACAUAAAAGUUGUGAAAACACAGGGCAUGUCUGAGAGGGAAGAAAUGGCCUCAGAUGGGAGCCUGAAUGUUACACUGACACUGAGGCUGUUGAUGCAUGGAAAGGAAGUUGGCAGUAUAAUUGGAAAGAAAGGGGAAACAGUGAAGAAAAUGAGAGAGGAGAGUCGCGCUCGCAUCAACAUAUCAGAGGGAUCGUCUCCCGAGAGGAUAGUAACCAUCACAGGACCCACAGAGGGAAUCUUCAGAGCUUUCUCCAUGAUUGCACAAAAGUUUGAGGAGGAUAUAACGGCGGCAAUGGCAAACAGCAACGUGACUAGCAAUCCGCCUGUGACACUUCGCUUGGUUUUCCCAGGGAGCCAAUGUGGCUCGCUGAUUGGAAAAGGAGGAUCUAAGAUCAAAGAGAUCCGAGAGACCACAGGCGCCCAGGUUCAGGUGGCAGGAGACAUGCUGCCGGAUUCGACCGAGAGGGCUGUCACAAUCUCUGGCACUCCACAGGCCAUCACUCAGUGUGUAAGACACAUCUGCUCCAUCAUGCUGGAGUGUCCUCCAAAAGGAGCAACUAUUCCCUACCGCCCAAAGGCCAUACUUGCUGGAGCCCAUGCAGUGUUAGCACAACAGCACUCUGCACCAGCAUUUGCACUUCCAGGGCAAUAUGCUUUUGCUCAUCAAGAUUUGACCAAGCUUCACCAGUUGGCUAUGCAGCAUAUUCCCCUCCCUUCCCUUGGGCAGAGCAACCCUACCUUCCCUGGAUUGGAUGCGUCCGCCCCCACAAGUUCACAGGAGCUGGCAAUACCUAAUGAUUUUAUUGGCUGCAUAAUCGGAAGACAAGGCAGCAAGAUCAAUGAAAUUCGCCAGGUCUCGGGAGCUCACAUCAAAAUUGCCAGUGCCACUGAUGGCUCAGCUGUGCGCCAAGUCACGAUCACAGGCUCACCGGCAAGCAUUAGCGUGGCCCAAUACCUCAUCAGCGCCAGCUUAGAGAUGGCUAAAUACACCAUGCAGGCUGCUUCGGCUGCGACCCCAGUUGACCUCAACAUGAGCUACGCUCAGUCUGCUUCCAACGCCUCCAAUGCUGCUACCUCUCUAGCCGUUCUGGCGGCCACCACCCCAGCUCCCACCAACAUUAACGUCCACUCUCCCGCAACCUUGCAGGCCAUCCAAAAUUCCCACUACGCCGUCCCUGUUUCCAGCCUGCUUGGCAUGAAAACACUUCCCGUUCUGGCUGUCCACCCAGCAGCCGCUACCAGCCUAACUCAGGGUUUAGCCCCUUACACUACAAAAAUAUCAUCCUCUGGCAUCAAAAAAUCUGAUCGACAAAAGUUUGCUCCAUAUUGAGUCCUCUUUUCUUGGACAUUCCUGUCUAAUUGAAUUAGAAAAUCAUGGUGAAUGUGUCAUUUGCUGACACAAAAUAUGCAAGGUUUACAAAUGUAGCACUUGCUUUCCAUUAAUCAGGAGAGCUUACUUAUCAUUAUUGAAGAAGGCGGCAGAGGUGCAUAUUAACUCAGUAUCAAUUGCAUAAUAUGCAAUGUACCAACUCAGGCUUAGCUUUGAACCCAGGAAAAAGCACACAUUUCUUAUGGCUUCAUGUCACAGAGCUUUAUAUGAAAACUUACUCUAGGAGAUUUGCUUCUUAUUAUGCAAUGUUUACUUUCUGUGUACCUGGACCUCUUUUUGAUAGAGAAUUUCUGUAGGCAGCAGGCUGGUAAAUGGUUUGUUAUGUACAAUAGAAGUGGUUGUGCUUAGUAUAAUUAAGAAGGAUUGCUUAAUUUCUCUGUCAUAUUUCCCCACGUUCCUUCACUAUAGGCUCUCAUCAGGGCUCACAGGCUUGGGUGUUCUGUAGUAGCGUGGCACUGUUGCAGUUCUGAUGGGAUUAUUCUAAAGCCACACUGGAUUCUAGUGGAUUUCACUCUGCACAGUAAUCCUGUAGAGCAGGACUGGUCCAAACAACUCAUUUCUUGUUUCUGCUUGUUUUUGUUGAAUCUCCAUCACAACCGAUUAACCAUUUGCGUCAGAAACUGACGCAGUACAGUUAUUGUGAAACAUUUUUUUUCAUGCGUUCUUGGUGAUGAUCUGUGCUGAAACAUUGCAAUUUUGUAAUGCUUGAUGUUUAUGAUAUGGAUUUGGAAUAAAUGUGACCUUUUGUUAAUAAAAGAUUGUUUUUUUUUUUAU